AGUGUCCUGUGCAGCUCAAGUUAAUGAAAUGAGAUUUUAGUUCUCGAUCCAAACCCUGAUAGCGAGUGGACAAUUUGCAAAUACUUAUGGAGUGAAGUGCUACUGGACUAGAAAAUACUGCAACCGGACCAACCUCCUAUCUAAGUGUACCCGGGAAAUAAAUCAAAAUGAAACAAGCCAUACUAGUGGCUGGAUGGUCACUGAGGUGUGCCGUCAGGAAUCCUGUCAGAACCCUCGCUAAGAUACUCAUUCCACCAACCAUCCUUCUGGUGCUGGUUGUACUGAGAUUGACAAUGAAAUCUAGUUCAGGUUGUGACCUGGACCAAGACUCCUUCACCAUGUUCAACAGGACCUCCUGUCAAUACAGACCCUUCAAGCCAUCAGAGGUGAUCAGGAUCUUAUCCCGGAGAAACGAGACACUUCUCCAUUUCACUCCGCAGAACGAGCUGUAUCAGCACAUAGUGAGAGGUGUUGCCCGUGAUCUUGGGAUAAAAGCUAUAGGGUACAACACGGAGGAGGAGAUAGAGAGUGUACUGAAGAAUAAUCACUCUCUGUACAGUCACACUCUAGCAGCUCUAAUAUUCCACCCUGUAGAACUCAACCAACAAAGUUACAGUAUAAGAAUGAAGAGUUGGCUGAGUUUGUGGUACACGGAUAGAAUCUUCCCCAUGAUAGCCUCUCCAGCUCCUCGGUCUAACAGCUCAUUCGAUGGGCUACCGUUUUAUUUUCGGAGUGGCUUCCUUGCUCUGCAGACGGCUGUUGACUCCCGGAUAUCAGGACGUUCCUUCUCAGAAGAUGUCACGAUGCAGAAAUUUCCUCAUGCUCCGUACACUAAGGAUCUGUAUCUAGCGAUGAUCCCUAUAGUACUGCCUCUGCUCCUGCUGAUAUCAUACGGGCUGUUGGCUGCCGACCUAGUGAGAGAGAUAACCGAGCAAAGGACUCUAGGUAUCAAGGAGUUUUUGACAAUGAACGGGCUAAAACGAUUGUCUUAUUGGGCUUCGUGGUAUUUGGUCGCCAUUGUUAUCUUCCUCCCAACCACGCUACUAAACUUACUUGUACUGUUUGUGGGUAACGCGCUGGAGUACUCAGACAUCACAGUUAUCCUGCUGUUUCUCAUCAUCUUCACCCUCUGUUCCAUCUCUCUUUCCUUCCUUAUAAGCUGUUUUGUGAAGUCCCCCAUGUCCGCUAUGAUGUGGUCGGUGGUGAUAUGGCUAAUAUCCUACGCUCCCUUCUUCUUUAUCGAGUCUGACUUCCAGAAUGUUCCGUCCUUUGUACUGUCCAUAUUUUGUCUUCUGCCACCCCUCGCUCUUGGUAUAGCGUGUAGAUUGAUUGGAGACUCAGAGAUGAUAAGUGAGGGUUUGCGUUGGAGCAACAUAGCUGAUGAUGACCUGGGGAUAUCCUUCCAAGCUGUCCUCUUGGUCCUGCUGGUGGAUGUUGUUAUCCUAACAUGUCUUGCCAUCUAUUUGGACGCCACGUCCAAUAAAAACUACGGCUACUCCGAGGGAUGGUGUUUCUGUUUUGGUGGAACUUCUCGUCUAGAUAAAGCAAGAGCAGUGACCGAGGCUACACCCCUCCUCAGCGCUCAGUACAGCAAUCGAGAAUACUGCGAGAAACUCUCCAGGACUGCUGUAAUUGGUGUGGAAGUGAAGUCGGUGACAAAAGAUUUCGUAGACGGUGAACAAGUUGUGACGGCUCUUCAUUCCACAGAUAUUCAGUUAGCUGAGGGAGAGAUCACUGUUCUUCUUGGUCCAAAUGGUUCAGGAAAGUCUACUUUGUUGGCGAUGGUGGCAGGCUAUAUCAGGCCUACCGAAGGGGAGAUAACUGUGUGCGGUAUCAAUCUUAACUCUAACAAGAGAGUCAGGAGUGCUCAGAAGUUGAUCAGCUACAUGCCCCAGAAUGAGCCUUUGCAAGAGGACCUCACUGUUGCUGAGCACCUCACCUACUUUGCAACUCUUAGGGGGUUAUCUAAGCGGGAGGUAUCAGUCCACAAGCAGGAGACACUCCAUCUUCUGGGACUAACUCCACUCUCUGAUUUCAAGGCUGGGACUCUCUCUGGUGGUCAGAAACGCAAACUGUCUCUCGCGAUAGCGCUUAUCUCCGACUGCUCAGUCCUCGUACUGGAUGAACCAAUGGCUGGGAUGGAUAUUGAAAAUAGGGCUCUCAUCUGCAGCGUUCUGGAGCGUAUAAAGAAGACAUGUACAAUUGUCAUUUGUACGCAUCAUGUUGACAGUGCCGUACAGAUAGCUGAUAGGAUUGCUAUAAUACUCAACAACAAACUCCAUUGUUACGGUACUCCCGCUUUCGUCAAAGCAGGGUUUAGUAUAGGCUACACUUUGAAGCUAAACAAAGACAUAGACGGAUGUCAGGAUGCUGCAAUAUCUCGUGCUGUUUUAGGUGCUGUGGGAAGAUCCACACUGCAGGUCAACAACUCGAGAGAGCUGACGUUCUCCGUUCCGAAGGAGAGUUCUAAGCAGAUGGCUACCAUUUUGCAAAGACUCGAAGAAGACAGCGAGACAUUAGGUGUUAGGUCGAUAGUUAUCUCUGAAAACAGCUUGGAGGAUGCCUAUAACAAGCUUACCACUGGAGGCGAAGCUUGGUCAAAUGAGAAAUUAAAAGUGUCGAGAAGUACCAUAGGAUCAACAGAUAUGGCAUCCCGGACCCUCAGUAAGCAGAAGAGUAGGAUGCAGAGCAUGAAGAACCUGCGGGUUAAUAGGGGGAGUCUAACACCAGGCAGUCCUAGAGAUCCCCUCAUUAAGGAACCAGAGGAGAUGAGAGUUGCUACGUCUCAGAGAACGCCGAUGGGUGUCCCGUCCAUGAUUCCUCCUGCUCUGUGGGCGUCCAUAGUAAAGAACUUCAAGAUAUUCAAACAUCACUGGUUCCUCACUCUCGCCAUGACCAUUUUACCUGCAGUGUUCUGUGUGCUGAUGUUUCUGGUCCUACGUAUCGGUAAACAGGCUGAUGUCACAAAGCCCCUUCUUCUUUGGGUAACAGCUUAUCCUAAAACAACUCUACCUUACCUAUCAUCUGCUGGAAGUGCAUCCCUGACAAGAGGCCUGGAGAAAACUGUAGCUUUGUCUGGAACAGAGCUGUUCGAUAUCUCUCAUAUCGGGAACUUGGAUAUGGACAGCUAUUUGCUUGAUUUGGAGGAAGAACUAGGCUUCACUAAUUUCAGAAAACACUACGUUGUUGCUGAAGAAUUAGAAGAGUCUAAGGUGACAGCACGGUUUGGAGACUCCCCUCUUCACGCAUCACCCAUUUCCUUGUCAGUAGCCCACAACACUAUUAUUGCAGCUACAGGAGGAAACAAGAGCGUGAGGACUAUAAAUAAACCGCUCCCUCUUAUGGAGGGGGAGGGAAGGCCUGGCAGCAGCAUUGCCCUUAUGACUCUUUAUCUCCUAGGGGUUUCAUUUCUGGUUUCGCUGUCCGUGGUGUUACCUGCUGCCGAGGUUACAUCCGGAGCCAAACAUCUUCAGCAAUUUGCUGGCCUCAAACCUAACCACUUUUGGCUGGGUAUCUAUUUGGUGGUCUUACUAGUAUCCCUCGUAUCUUCUAUAUUGUGUACGGCAACUGUUUUAUUGACUGAGGAGCCAGCCUUUUAUCAAGAUGGCAGGUGGCUUCUGGUGUGGGUAAUAACCUUUUUGUACUUCCUGGCGGGGCUCCCUCUCAGCUUGCUUAUAGCUAAUGUCUGUAAAACUCCGACUGCGUCAUACGCCAUAUCUGAACUGGUAAACAAAGGACUGGGGUUCGUCACAGUCGUUAUUUUUGGGGUGUUUUGUUUGGAUGAAGUCGACAUGAAAGAGGUAGCAGAUAUACUGAGUAUAUUAUUUAUGGUGUUGCCCAGUUUCUCUGCAGCUCACGCCAUGUCCUCCAUCUACAAGAACUACAAUCUCCAGCAAAAGUGCAAUAUAGGCCUAUGUACAGAGGAGCCGAGUGCUAGCUACCUCUCCUUCGAACAGCCUGGUAUAGCAGGAAACAUAGCUGCUCUGGCAAUCUGCUCUGUCGUGUACCUUAUCAUGCUUAUAUCCUACGAUAGGGUCAGGAGGAGGUACCUAAGCAAUAAAAAACAGAUAGUAAGAGUUCCCCUCAUGUCUGUUCUACAAGAAGAAGAAGGUGUUGUCAGGGAAAGGGAGCGUAUAUACUCAGAGGAGUACGCAUUUGAUAGCAUUGUCAUCAGGGAUCUUCAAAAACAUUAUACGAGUAAAGGUAACGGUGUAGUUGGACUAAACGAGUUGUCACUGGGAGUCCGACCUGGUGAAACGUUUGGACUAUUGGGAGGGAACGGAGCCGGCAAGUCCACAACGUUCAGAAUAUUAACAGGCUCUGAACUGGACCACGGUGGGGUUGUGUUGUAUAACGGAGAGAAUCUAAAGGAUCAUCACAGUCAGCCUUGUGUUGGGUACUGUCCUCAGUUCCCUGCUCUUAUACCUUCUUUAUCUGUGCGACAACACAUGAUACUGUUCGCUCGAAUCAAGAACCAAUCCGAGGAAUUCCUCGUUAAAGAUAUAGUGAGAUAAUGAAAGUUAUGGGACUUCUUGAGCACGCUGAUAUCUCAGUACAAAGCCUCAGUGCUGGUAACAAGAAGAAGUUGGGUGUAUCAUUAGCUCUAAUAGGUGCUCCCACCAUCCUCCUACUGGACGAACCUACCACCGGUCUUGAUGAAGACGGUAAGAAGUUGCUGGUGCAGCUGCUGAACAGGCUAAGAGACAGAGGAACCGCUACUCUCAUCACAUCUCACAAUAUGCACGAGAGUGAGGCUAUCUGUAACCGAAUAGGUAUUCUGAGCCAGGGAUCACUACAGUGUCUUGGAGAAAUAGGAGAUUUGAAGGAAAAGUACGGGGAUUACACCAUCGUCAGAGUUACUCUCAAUCCAGCAAUGCAGGACGACCUUGAUAGUAGAAUGGCAUCCCUCGGAGCUUUCAUAAGUUACAACUUCCCUGGAGCCGAGAUCAAGGAGAUAAAAGACCGGAUAGUCACCUACGCUAUUCCGGGGAGUACCACCACGAAAUGGUCUGUGCUCUUCACUAAACUCGAGCUGAACUCAGCUGAUUUUGAUAUCGAGGAUUACACCGUCUCAACCGCUAGCUUAGCUCAGGUUUAUCUCUCGAUAACGAGACACCAGUACGAGUCUGGUCACCACAAAGCCCACAAGUCCAAAUACAUCGUCUGAUCAGUUUAUUCUGUGAAAAUUCACUCGUUUUUAUUAUGUAAUGGAAAAAGGUGACAGAAAGUAGAAAUGGAGCAGACUUUUUAACUGUUCUGUUUCAAAUAAUGGCCGUCUUAAAGAGGACCGUCUUUUUGAGAGCUCUUUUUUUUUAUUAUUUGAUUGUUUUCAUUUUUAUUAAGGGAUUUUGGUAAUAUUUUGAGGGACUUUUGUUUUUAUUUUAUUUCAUUGUUAGGUUUCAAUUUAUCUUUGUUAUUU